AUGACGAAAUUGUUGUCUGUGGAAUUGGUGAGGCCACAUGUUGGUUUGAAAGGUGCCGAUCCCUCGAACAAGCUCGCCCGCCUGACUUACGGAAAGUACUCUUUCUUGUGCCACACUGAAACGGGACGAGCAGAGUGGGAGCAGAUCUCGACGGACAUCAUGCGCUUAGUCUUGCAGGCAGACCAAGGCGGUCCCCUUUACGCUGCCUACCAAUUCCUUGCUGGCAAGGGAUAUCCUGUCGCCUUCUCUCGCGAUGAGCAUAGGAACGGGUUCAAAGUGGAAGAGGACGCCUCUCUGAACUUCGACCGCGUCGUUGCUGUUCUACACAAAGUCGGUCGCAAUCCAUUUGUGCAAUGCGGAAAAGGAGAAGGAGGGGAAGACUACGAGAAGGCCUUACUGGACGAGGAAGCUCAUCGACUUUUCAGUUCCUUGAGUCACAUUUGCAAGCCAUGGUGCGACAUGGUUCUUUGGCUCCAAAGCAACAAAGCCACGAACUUCGCUGUGCACGAGCACACUCUCUUCUGCAACAGCCCCAAGUAUGCAGCCGUCGUGAACAACGUGCUGGUUGACGCUUUCAGCGUUGAGAGCAUGUCUCGACUGGAUAUGGCUGUCGAUUUGCGUCUGGAAGAUAUCAACGGCACCCAGGCCUCGCCGCUGUUGGGCUAG